CGUGCGUGUUGUAAUAGUGUGCAUGAACCACUGGGCGAGACUGUCUCUCUGUGUUGGCCGCGAAAGAGGAGGGGAGAUGCUGCCUGGAGCCAAGAGAAAGGCCGCCGCCAUUAUUGGGAAACUGACAAAAAAAAAUAAGACUCACCACACACCGUCACACAUUUUUCUUUUUUUUUCUAGCCUGCCAGCAGCUCAACAACACCAGCGAAGAGAACGGGAAUCCAACCUUUUUUCUCUCCCCUUCCGCUGGGAUCAUUGAAGACAGCUCGCCCCCUUUCCCUCUCCUGGCGAAUCUUUUAUUUUGGACAUAACAAAGGAAAUAAUAAUAGCUGCAAACAACGUGGUGGCGAAGCAAGAAAAACAAGACUCCUGAAAGGUCGUUUUGAAAAGCAGGAGAACCCUUUCCCCCCUUUUCUUUCUUGUUCAUAGGCGUGCUGAAGACGACUUUGUGCGGCAUUUUUUGCUCGCUUUUACCCCCUUUCCUAGCAUUCAGUUGUUGGUUAGCCCUCCGGCACACACGCAGACAAAUGCUCAUGUGAAAACUUCAGACGUGAGCGUCCAAAGUGACAAGAAAUGGACAUUUAGACUCUUUUCGUGCCCUGGAAGCGGAUAAUAAUCGAUGAGAGUGUUGGCGCCGUGUGUUUUUGUCUUUUUUUCCAAGACUCUGCGAGGAGGGAAAGGAGUGGACGCAAUCCGGAGAGGAAGGAAUGUUACGGGUCAGAUCCGAGGACAGUGAAAACCUCUUUGCAUGGGAUCGCCGUGUCCUUGGCGGCCUCCGUCUCUCCGUAGAGCUUGAGGCAAGCAUGACAGGAUGAGCUUCUGCCAGCGACGAUGAUGGCCAAAAAGCAAGAUGUCCGGGAUCCCACCUACAACCUGGUUGUGGUUGGACUGUCCGGUACAGAGAAAGAGAAAGGCCAAUGCGGAGUCGGAAAGUCCUGCCUGUGCAACCGCUUUGUUCGGCCGAGCGCUGAUGACUUCUACCUGGAUCACACCUCGGUUCUCAGCACGAGUGACUUUGGAGGCCGUGUAGUGAACAAUGACCACUUCCUGUUCUGGGGAGAAGCUGGCAGGACCGUGGAGGAGGGGCCAGAGUGCCGAAUGAACGUGGUGGAACAGACCGAAUUCAUCGAUGACCAGACAUUCCAGCCGCACCGGAGCACUGCGCUGCAGCCGUAUAUCAAAAGAGCCGCCUCCAACAAGUUAGCUUCGGCCGAGAAGCUGAUGUACUUUUGCACGGACCAGUUGGGGCUGGAGCAAGACUUUGAGCAGAAACAGAUGCCCGAGGGCAAGCUCAUGGUCGACGGAUUCUUACUUUGCGUCGAUGUUAGCAGGGGCAUGAACCGUAGUUUCGAGGACCAGAUGAAGUUUGUGACAAACCUGUACAACCAACUUGCCAAAACUAAGAAACCCGUGGUACUGGUUCUCACCAAAUGUGAUGAAGGAGUCGAGCGCUAUAUUAAGGAUUCGCACACCUUUGCGCUAGCAAAGAAAAACCUCCAGGUGGUCGAAACAUCAGCACGCUUAAAUGUCAAUGUUGAUUCCGCUUUUCUGACGCUUGUUCAACUCAUUGACAAAGGGAGAGGGAAGCCCAAAAUAAUCCUUUACUUUGAGGCGCUGAAACAGAGGAGUCAACAGAUCGCCUCGGCCAAGGACCGCUACGAGUGGCUCGUCAACCGAAUUGUGAAGAACCACAAUGAGUUGUGGCUCGCCGUCAGUCGCCGCAUGCAGACAGCCUCGGAGUACAAGGACUACGUCUUCCUUGAGGGGACGGCCAAAGCCAAGAAACUCUUCCAACAACACGUGCAUAGACUCAAGCAAGAUCAUAUCGAAAAACGCCGCAAGGCUUAUCUAAGUACUCUGCCGCAGGCUUUGUCGACACUAUUACCGCAGUUGGAUGAGAUCGACCACCUGAGCUGGUCUGGAGUUCAGAAAGUACUGGAGACCAAGAGAGAUUUUUCCCAUUGGUUCGUUGUCUUGGACGACACGCCGUGGGAGACCACGCCCCACAUUGACAACAUGGAGGAUGAUCGGAUCCCUCAAGACCUUCUCGAAACUCGCACGUCCGAGGCUGUUUACGAGAGCCACCUAGAGCAGCUCAGGAAUGACCGCAAACGAGCUGAAAUGAGAUGGGAGUUCAAGGAAAAACUGAGCGUCUCUCCAUUCAUCACUCCCGGAAAACCGUGGGAGGAGGCUCGGAGCUUCAUCAUGAAUGAGGACUUCUACCAGUGGCUUGACGAAGCGGAAUAUUUAGAUAUCUACAACAAACACCAGAAGGAGAUUAUUGACCGAGCCAAAGAGGACUUCCAAGAACUGCUUCUUGAAUAUUCCGAACUUUUUUAUGAACUGGAGGUAGAUGCAAAGCCGAGUAAAGAAAAGAUGGGAGCGAUCCAGGAAGUACUGGGCGAAGAACAACGAUUCAAAGCCUUACAGAAGCUGCAGGCCGAGAGGGACGCUUUGGUAUUAAAACACAUCCACUUUGUCUACCAUCCCACAAAGGACACCUGUCCCAACAGCCCUCACUGCGUGGACUCUAAACUCGAGCAGAUACUUGCUUCCAGGUUCCCCACUCGCUAUGCGUCACCAGAUAGUUCAAGACCGGAUGUGGGCAGGGCAGAAAGGAUAAAUCUGGUCAUACUAGGGAGAGAUGGACUCGCCAGAGAGAUGGCAAACGAGAUCAGGGCGUUGUGUACCAGCGACGAUCGGUACGUUUUAGACGGGAAGAUCUACGAGUUAGCUCUUCGUCCCAUCGAGGGCAACGUACGUCUGCCGGUUAACUCCUUCCACACGCCGACCUUCACGCCGCACGGUUGCCUCUGUUUGUACAACUCCAAGGAGUCUCUGUCGUAUGUCGUCGAGAGCGUAGAAAAGCUCAGAGAGUCGACUAUAGGUCGAAGGGACCGAGAGAGCGUUCUAGCCCAACUCCCGCUUUUCCUCUUGCUCGUGACCAAGCGUGGGGUUGGUUCCAUCGGGGAUAUUGGAGGAGAAACAGCUCAGACGCUUAUCCACCAAGGACUGCAGGUGGCCGCAAAGCAGCAGUGUCGUUACCUAGACCCCGCCUCUCCGGGCAUGGGUUACGGACGCAAUUUCAACGAGAAACAUCUCAACCAGAUGUUGAGAGGCCUCUUAGAGUCUCGGAGAAGCCUUCGCAGCGGCUCGCCGCCCAUAGCGCCUUCUUUGUCUGCCUUCAGAGACUCUCAGUCCCAAGCAAUUGUAGAAUCAGACCUCAAGAUUGUCAUGUGCCUCAUGUGCGGAGACACGUAUGAUCUCGACCAGCUCCUUGCCCCUUUCUUGUUGCCUCAGCAUUGUCGCCCUACUAGCAACCUCCACAGCGGCACUUCAGUCCUCCUGGAUCUGAGUGUAGGUGGUCAGAGGCAGACCAUUGAGCUGUCCUUGCUGUCCUUCCAUUCCUCCUUCUCCCUGCGCAAGACUAAACUAGUCCACGGCUACAUUGCCGUUUACUCUGCUCGCCGGAAAGCCUCGUUGGAAACUUUAUGUGCUUUCCUUUGUGAGGUUCAAGACAUCAUUCCAGUCCAGUUGCUAGCGGUUGGGGAAAGCCAGAUGGAGCUUUCAGAUUCCGAAUCAGCUAGGGAGCAGGUCAAUCAAGGAGAGGAACUCGCUCAUGAAAUUGAGGCGAGGUUCAGCACAAUAAUAUGUGGGCAUGGAGGAGUUGUAGGCGGCCUUCAUAAAAUGGAUCUUUUCCAAUCUUUUCUCAAGGAGAUAGUGGACAAGCGCACUAUUAUUGAGAUGUACGAGAAUGUGGCUGAAGCAUGCACCAACGAGAGCGCCAGUCCCCGUUGCGGCUCUCCCAGUCCAGUUAACAUUCUUCUGGACUCAGAAGAUGACAUCGACCCAUCACCGCCUUACCCCACCUUGAGGGAUGAUGGAAGUCUCAGCUCCCAUCUGGUAAGCUUCAAGCUACCAGAUCUGGACUCGAGCGAUACAUUUUCUGUCAUCUCUGAGCUCAGCACAUUUGAGAGCAAGCUGAACAACAAGGUACCUCCUCAAGUGAAACCUAAACCUGUCCGGAAGGUCAAUCUUGGCCCUUAUAUGGACCAACAAGGUGGCACCAACCGACGAUCCUUGCCUCAAGCCGUCACGUGGGCUCCCGGUAGCGACGGUGGCCACGAUCCGUCGGACUACGCCGAGCCUAUGGAUGCCGUGACCAAACCACGACAUGGCGAAGAAGAGAGCAUCUACUCUGUCCCUCAUGACAGCACACAGGGCAAGAUCAUCACCAUCCGCAACGCCAGCAAAGGUCACGCCAAUGGGAGCGCUGGGGGGAAUGGGUCGGACAGCGAAGCCGAUAGCAGCUCACUGGAACGCAGAAGAAAAUUGUCAGCCAUCGGGAUCAAGCCCAAGCUUUACCGAGAUAGAUCCAAACGCCUCGGAAAGUUCAGCAGUUUUCGCACCAGCUUCUCGAUAGGUAGUGACGAUGAAAUGGGGGGUCCGCCCAAGGCUAGCCAAGAUGACGGAGGAGCCCAGAAGGACAAUUCCAUUGAGGAGAGCGAGGAUCCGAAAAAGAGGAAUAUCCUGAAGAGCCUGCGCAGAAAUACAAAGAAACAACGAGCCAAGCCGAGGCAUUCCAUCACCAAACCGAUUGAGAGCAACUACUUUGGAAUGCCGCUGGUUACCGCGGUAACUCCAGAGAGGCCAAUCCCGGUGUUCGUUGAGAAGUGUAUUCAAUUUAUUGAAACAAGACAAGGCUUGAGCACCGAGGGCAUCUACAGGGUCAGCGGGAACAAGGCGGAGAUGGAGAGCAUGCAGCGCCAGUUUGAACAAGAUCACAACUUGGACCUGGUGGAGAAAGACUUCACCAUCAACACAGUAGCCGGCGCCAUGAAGGCCUACUUCUCCGAGCUUCCUGAACCUCUGGUACCUUACAACAUGCAGGUCGAGCUGGUGGAAGCUUUCAAGAUCAACGAUAGGGAGCAGCGCUUCCAGACGAUGAAGGACAUUCUCCGCCGCUUCCCGCGGGAGAAUUAUGAGGUCUUCAAAUAUGUUAUCAAACACUUGAACAAGGUGAGCCAGCACAGCAAGCUGAACCUGAUGACCAGCGAGAACCUGUCCAUCUGCUUCUGGCCCACGCUGAUGAGGCCCGACUUCACCACAAUGGACGCACUGACCGCCACGCGCACCUACCAGACAAUCAUCGAGAGCUUCAUCCACCAGUGCGCGUACUUCUUCUACAACCAACCGCUGGCUGACGGCCUGCCGGGCUCGCCCACCUCCGCGCUCCCCUACGGCGGGGGCUCCUCGGCGUACUCGUGCAUGGCCGGCGGCUACUCCUCCUCGCCGGCGCCGUCCCCCCCGACCCCUUACGUCCUCCCGGCCACGCCUCCCGUCAUCCCGCACUACGGCCCUCCCAUCCACCACCAUCACCACCACCACCAGUCUCCGCCCCAUUCCCCGCCGCCCACCCCCCAAUUGCCCCUCCCCGCCCUGCUGCCGCCCUCCCUGCACCCCCAUCACCCACCUACGGAACAACACACGCUGUGAACCGCCAAGGGAUCAAGGGAACCUUAAAAAAAGAGAUUGCAAACACCUCGGAAAGAGAUUUGAACAAACCAACGGAAGGAGGAGUAACAGGAAGUGGGGAAGAGGACAUUGAGGGAUCUGCAGUAUGAACAGGGAGUUGCUUGGGAGAGGCCAUGUGACCCUCCCCUGAGCUUGUAUAGAGAGGCCUAGACUAGCCACUUGAAUAUUCCCUCUCAGUGUCACUUCAACUGGGAACAACAAGGCGAUGAAGAGUGACGCCUUGUCAGAACCUUUUAGACCAUGUCACACAGGAGGAACGUCAAAGGAAAACACACCAUUAGCAGCCCCUCCACCCAUUUUUUUUUUUCAUCCCCCCCCCCACACUCAAAUUCUCAUCGCUACACGUGCAAGCCAGUUUCACUCAAGGCUAUUUGCCAAGCACCGUCGUGAAAGAGAAAACUAAAACUCAACCAACCGGAUCGGCAGAUUGGGGCAAAGGAUCAUGGCUGCGCUCAUGCCUUUGGCAUUCAGUCUACUGUAUGCUGCAUUACGAAGUUACCCAUAAAGUUUUUUUUUUUUUUGCGGGCCCACACCUCAAGUCACCACCCCUAUCUGUUGCCAAUCAGUCAAUGUGUGUGUGUGUGCGUGUGUCUUUUUGCCUGCUGUGUGUGCGUGUGUUUCAUUGAUGCAGUUUUCAAAGUAAGGACCUCCCUUGUUCAAAAAGCACUUUUCUGAGCACUUUCAAGGCACAUUUUUUAAAUAUAUAUCAAUAUAUAUAUAUAGCUGUGACUUCACUCUCACUCUCUCUUCUGGGAGCACACCACUGACAUCCAGAGGAGCAACUGGGGUAUUGCAGCCACUACAUGGGCGUUGCGCCACUCUUUCACUGCUGUUUUAUUUUCAUUUUAUUUUUAUGAAAGCUUUCUGCGUUUCACAACUCUUUUUGAGCCAAGGCACAUAUUUUGCAUUUGGAAAAAACAUCUCACCGCGCACCAAAUAGUGGACUGUAAUUGAGAUUAACACCUAAUAGCUGUGGGGUGCAGUACACGUGGCUAAAUGUUUUUUUUUUUCUUGUUUCAUGUGAAAUGACAAGCAAGCUGCUGCUCUUACCCACAAAGCAUGGCCACUACACUGGAGGUAAAAAGUAAAUAAAUACAUAAAAAUGCCAGAAUACACUUCUAACAGCACAAGACUAAGGUUGCAAGCAUUCUAGAAAAAAAAAAUGGUAUUACUGCUUGGACAACGUACACAAUAUGACACGACUAACAUUUUCAAUUUAGGAGAAAAAAGUGAUGCUUUCUCAUAAUAGUAAACUUAUCUGGUUUGGAAAAAAAACAACUGUUACAACUGUAUUCUCUUAAAAUUACAGAAUGAGAUGAUAAAUAAUACCGAAAAAAUGGAGGGUCUUAUAAAAUGAUGACACUAUUCUGGUUAUCAUACAGGAAAUGUAUUCUGGUCAUUUUUACAAGUAUUCUUUUUAUUUUGGCCCUUCAUGUAUGUACCACUGCAUAUUUUGCCACACUGCCCCUACUGGCGCUACUCUGCAACUACACCGUUUUUUUUCUCCCCAUGAGUAGCUCUGGUUGUUUUUUUUUUUAGAGACACGAACAAACAGUCCAUUCAUCCAUCCGCACGACCGGAACGGGGCAUCCCGAAUUCCCUUCCGCGGCCUUCUGUUACCGUAGAAACCGGCGAGACGGGGGCCCGGAGGAUCCAUAAUCCCAACCGCUUUUGAAGUGCGUUUUUGUGUAGUUGUUAGGCAGAUGCUCACCAAGGUCACCUGAAUGGUCCUCACAGGCCGGAAAGCCUUUUAAACAAUCACUGAACUCUUACAGGCGCUUUUAUCACAUGACACUACCUAUUUAGCCCCUUUUUCUGUGUGUGAGUUUCGAUGUGCGCUGAAAUUCGGUGUGUGUGUGUAUGUUGGAUGAGCUGUCUGCGGCAGACAUCCAGACAGCAUCGUGAUCCAAACAAAGGUGACGGUGAGGAAUGUAGCUCCCCUCGUGCUCACUGCCCCCGCCGGGUAAGCCUGUUUGCUCAUUCACAUUAUUAGGAACAAGAGAAGUGGGAUGAUUACUUGGGAGAGAGUGUGUGUGUGUGUGUGAGUCUGAAACAUGCGUUGAAAUGAUUGAGGCAGCCAAAGACUGGACAAAAAAGGUGACAAUUGAAUAUUGAAUCAAAUGUGAGGUGUUUUUUUUUACCCCCCAAACAAUGGUGACAGAUGUCUAAGUUAAAAUGAGAACAAGAAAAAAAAAGUAUAGGGAAAGGGGUUCUUUAUGGUAUGUUGGGGUGGGCCGAGGUCUUAUACGUUGCCCUUUACUCGGUGGUGACAUAAAAAAAAUCUUUUUGUUUAUAGUAAAUAAAAAUGCUUUUUUUUUUCUUUUAUUUGUUUGUUUUGAUGCCCACUAUAGUGCAUGAAUUCUUCCCGGAUAAGGAAGUGGAGGGCUUCACCACUCGGACUAUUUAAGAGAUGAUGAAAUAAAAUAUUAUGAACUGUUUUGGGGGUGGGGCCAUAAUGGGAAAAAAAAACAUGUAAUGAAGUUCUGUAAACUGAAAAGAUAACACGUCAAUUUGCUGACUUUGGUCAUUUGUCUCGAUGGGAAUGAUGUAUACAGCAAGGCCUUAUGUGAUCUGUAUCAUAGUUAAUAAAUGAAAUCUUGUACAAAGGUGA